AUGGCCGUUUCUAUUAAAACUGCUUCCUUGGAUCGUAGUUAUCAUUCAAGUGAUAUACACGAUCAUGAUCAUGAUGUAGUUCCUAUACCCGUAACGGAAGAAAAGUUUGCGCGUGAAAAAGCGCAACCGGAUCUUGCACGAGUUAAACUUUUACUUUGUAAUAACAGCAAACGAUUGGUAGAAUGGGCCAUCAAAAGUGCUAACGAAAACAUAAAGGCAAUUUCAAAAGCAUCCGGACUGAUCAAACCAUUUGAUACUAAUGAGUGCAUUCUAAUCUGGAAACGUCCCGAAGAUUACAAUUCUUGGCGUGAGUUGCUUCCGUUGAAAAUGAUGUUACAAAUUAAAUUAAUGGUCAGUGAAACUGGGAAAGUCGUCGCGAAAGCUAAUAGCAAAUUUCGAGCGGUUGUUGAUCCGGAUGCAAUAUGUACAGCUGACGAACCACCAAUUCAUAAAUUUGUACUGAACUCUGAACCUGCUACCAUGAUAUUACAAAAGAAGAAACCAAAGGAAAAAACUGAUUCUAAUACCGGAAUGCAGACAGAAAUGAAGAAUAAAAAUUUUCUAAAUGAAUCACAAAAUACCAAUUGGAUUCUUGUGCUGUUAUUUUGUUUACUGGCCACUUUUCUCUUAAGGAUUCUCACCUAA